CAAAGUAGAGAUCCUCCGUCACGAAACCUUCGUCGACGCACCGUGAGGGAACACAAGCACUUUGUGCAACUUGAGUGUAACCACUACAAGGUACCGUCACGGGGUCACUUAUCGAAUGAUGUGUGCGCUGCAAGUCCGCGCACUGCGCAGCGCAGAGCAGCUCCAGCUGAUCGUUGAAAGGGAUUUGCUCGUUGACAUGUGUCCCUGCAGUACCAAGUGUACUACCAACUGGGGAGGGACACCCAGUCCAGCCAAAACAGGCAACGUCACAUGCACGCCUGCGUCAGCCGGCGACUGGAUACCGUAUGAACAGCGAGAUCUGCUGCUGAUCAGACCUCGGCCUAAGCUUGUCAUUCUGCAUUUUGCUCGCUCCAGAUCAACUAGGACCCCGCAAGACCACCAUGCAACGCCACCUCCUGCGUCGCCUGCCCCGCACCAUUGCCCGCAGCCCUGCCGCUUCCACAACCGCCAAGGCCGCGUUACUGUCGCGUAACUUCUCCACGAAUGUGCAGGUGCAGCAGACCAACCUGUUCAUCAACAACAAGUUCACGCCGUCGUCGUCCGGUGCCACCUUCGACACCAUCAAUCCUGCUACGGAGGAGAAGAUUGCGUCUGUGGCUGAGGCCACCACUGCCGAUGUCGACGCCGCUGUGGAGGCUGCUCGUGCUGCUUUCAAUGGCCCGUGGCGCACCAUUGACGCUGCCGAGCGUGGGCGUCUGCUCAACCGCCUUGCGGACCUCAUUGAGCAGAACGGUGACGAGCUGGCCGAGCUUGAGGCGCUGGACUCUGGCAAGCCGCGCUUCUUGACUCGCGUCCUGGACGUGCAGGCGUGUAUCAACGUGCUCCGUUACUACGCCGGUUGGGCCGACAAGGUGCACGGCAGCACAAUCCCCAUCCCGGGUAACUACUUAUGCUACACUAAGCAGGAGCCAGUGGGGGUUUGCGGCCAAAUUAUCCCAUGGAACUUCCCGUUAAUCAUGAUGUCCUGGAAGCUUGGACCCGCGCUUACUACCGGUAACACGGUGGUACUUAAACCUGCCGAACAGACUUCGCUGACGGCUCUGCGUGUCUGUGAGCUCAUCGUCGAGGCUGGCUUCCCUGAAGGUGUGGUGAACGUUGUGACGGGCGGCGGUGCCUCCGUUGGCGCCCACCUCGCGCAGCACCCGAAGGUGGACAAGAUCGCAUUCACGGGAUCCACCGAGACGGGCAUGAAUAUCAUGCGCACGUCACACGUGGACAACCUCAAGCGUAUCACUCUUGAGCUCGGCGGUAAGUCCGCCAACAUUAUUCUGGACGACGCCGACAUCGACGCCGCCAUCCAGCAGUCACAGAUUGGCCUGUUCCUCAACGCCGGACAGGUGUGUAUCUCCGGUAGCCGCGUCUACGUGCAGGAGGGAAUUUACGAUGAGUUUGUGCGUCGUUCGGGUGAGGCCGCCUCGUCCAUGAAGAUUGGCGACCCGUUCGACUUGUCCGUUCAGCACGGCCCGCAGGUUGAUGCCAACCAGUUCAACAAGAUCUUGGGUUACAUUGAAUCUGGCAAGAAGGACGGCGCUCGUCUGGUUUGCGGUGGCAAGCGCUGGGGCGACAAAGGCUUCUACAUUGAGCCGACGGUGUUUGCCGAUGUGACGGAGGACAUGGCUAUCGCCCGUGAGGAAAUCUUUGGCCCCGUUAUGUCGAUCAUCAAGUUUAAGACCAUUGACGAGGUCAUUGAACGUGCUAACAACUCGGAAUUCGGCCUGGGUGCCGGUGUUGUUACGUCCAACUUGGACAACGCCAUCAAGAUCUCCAACGGUGUCCGUGCCGGCACCGUGUACGUGAACUGCUACACGGUGAUUGAGCCCAACACGCCGUUCGGAGGCUUCAAGAACUCGGGCAUCGGCCGUGAGCAGGGCGAGCUGGGUCUGCGCAACUACCUUGAGAACAAGACGGUGAUCAUCAAGCGCCCUGACGACUCCAUGCCUUAAGCUGGUAGAUAUAGACCCCCAUCCGUUUGACGUGGUAGCGUAAAGAUAUAAACAACGAGCGUCAAUUUUGUUGGAUUGCAAUG